GAAGCGGAGCCGGCCGUGCGGUGUGUGUAUGUGUUCGCGGGGCGCCGUCUCAGCCCCGGGAAGAUGGUGGCGGCGGCGGCGACUGAGGCGAGGCUGAGGCGGAGGUCGGCGGCGGCGGCAGCGCCCACGGGCAGGAACGGCGAGCGGCGCCGGGAUCGGGGCGCGAUCGGGGCGGGGAGGCUGGGGCUGGGGUCCGGGCUGCGCCUCCCGCGGCUGCUGCCGCUGCUGCUGCUGCCGCUGCUGCUGCCGUCGCCGCUGCUGCUGCCCUGGGCUGCCGAGGCCGCGGCGGCCGCUGCGGUGGUGUCGGGCUCUGCUGCGGCCGAGGCCAAGGAAUGUGACCGGCCCUGUGUCAACGGCGGCCGCUGCAACCCCGGCACCGGCCAGUGCGUGUGCCCCGCCGGCUGGGUGGGCGAGCAGUGCCAGCACUGCGGGGGCCGCUUCAGAUUAACUGGAUCUUCUGGGUUUGUAACAGAUGGACCUGGAAAUUAUAAAUAUAAAACAAAGUGCACAUGGCUCAUUGAAGGACAGCCAAAUAGAAUAAUGAGACUUCGUUUCAAUCAUUUUGCUACAGAGUGUAGUUGGGACCAUUUAUAUGUUUAUGAUGGGGACUCAAUUUAUGCACCACUAAUUGCUGCCUUUAGCGGCCUCAUCGUUCCGGAGAGAGAUGGCAACGAGACUGUGCCCGAGGUUGUUGCCACUUCAGGUUAUGCCCUGCUACAUUUCUUCAGUGAUGCUGCCUAUAAUCUGACUGGAUUUAAUAUCACGUACAAUUUUGACAUGUGUCCAAACAAUUGCUCAGGCCGAGGAGAAUGUAAGAUCAGCAAUAGCAGCAACACUGUUCAAUGUGAAUGUUCUGAAAACUGGAAAGGUGAAGCAUGUGACAUUCCUCAAUGUGUAAAUCACUGUGGUUUUCCUCUUGGAGGCAUCUGUGAAUCAGGUGAUGGCAGAGGAUGCUCCUGUUACUCAGGGUGGCAGGGUCCUGGAUGUUCAAUUCCUAUACCAGCUAACCAGUCAUUUUGGACUCGGGAGGAAUAUUCUAAUCUAAAGCUCCCCAGAGCCUCUCAUAAAGCUGUGGUCAAUGGAAAUAUAAUGUGGGUUGUUGGAGGAUAUAUGUUCAACCACUCAGAUUACAACAUGGUUCUAGCGUAUGACCUUGCUUCUAGGGAGUGGCUUACACUGAAUCAUUCUGUGAACAAUGUGGUUGGCAGAUACGGCCAUUCGUUAGCAUUGCACAAGGAUAAAAUUUACAUGUAUGGAGGAAAAAUUGAUUCAACGGGAAAUGUGACCAAUGAGUUGAGAGUAUUUCAUAUUCACAAUGAGUCAUGGAUGAUGCUGACGCCGAAAGCAAAGGAACAGUAUGCGGUGGUGGGACACUCGGCCCAUAUCGUCAUGCUGAAGACUGGCCGCGUGGUAAUGCUGGUCAUCUUUGGUCACUGCCCUCUCUAUGGAUAUAUAAGCAAUGUGCAGGAAUAUGACUUGGAUAAGAACACAUGGAGCAUAUUACACACCAAUGGUGCCCUUGUCCAAGGAGGCUAUGGCCACAGCAGUGUUUAUGACCAUAGGACGAGGGCCCUGUAUGUUCACGGAGGCUACAAGGCUUUCAGUGCCAAUAAAUACCGACUUGCCGAUGACCUCUACAGAUAUGAUGUGGACAAGCAGAUGUGGACCAUUCUUAAGGACAGCCGAUUUUUCCGUUACUUGCACACAGCUGUGAUAGUGAGUGGGGCCAUGCUGGUGUUUGGAGGAAACACACAUAAUGACACAUCCAUGAGCCAUGGUGCCAAGUGCUUCUCUUCAGAUUUCAUGGUUUACGACAUUGCUUGUGAUCGCUGGUCCGUGCUUCCCAGACCUGAUCUCCACCAUGAUGUCAACAGGUUUGGCCAUUCAGCAGUCUUACACAACAGCACCAUGUAUGUGUUUGGUGGUUUCAACAGUCUCCUCCUCAGUGACAUCCUAGUGUUUACCUCAGAGCAGUGUGAAGCGCACCAGAGUGAAGCUGCUUGUCUGGCAGCAGGCCCUGGUAUCCGGUGUGUGUGGAAUGCAGGGUCAUCUCAGUGUAUCUCCUGGGAGUUGGCCACUGAAGCACAAGAAGAAAAGUUAAAAUCAGAAUGUUUCUCCAAAAGAACUCUCGAUCAUGACCGAUGCGACCAGCACACGGAUUGUUACAGCUGCACAGCCAACACCAAUGACUGCCACUGGUGCAAUGACCAUUGUGUCCCGAUGAACCACAGCUGCACAGAAGGCCAGAUCUCCAUUGCUAGGUAUGAGAAUUGCCCCAAGGAUAACCCUAUGUACUACUGUAACAAGAAGACGAGCUGCAGGAGCUGUGCCCUGGACCAGAACUGCCAGUGGGAACCCCGGAAUCAGGAGUGCAUUGCCCUGCCUGAAAAUAUCUGUGGCAUUGGCUGGCAUUUGGUUGGAAACGCAUGUUUGAAAAUUACUACUGCCAAGGAGAACUAUGACAAUGCUAAAUUGUCCUGUAGGAACCACAAUGCCUUUUUGGCUUCUCUUACAACCCAGAAGAAGGUAGAAUUUGUUCUUAAGCAGCUACGAAUGAUGCAGUCAUCACAGAGCAUGUCGAAGCUCACCUUAACCCCUUGGGUUGGCCUUCGGAAGAUCAAUGUGUCCUACUGGUGCUGGGAAGAUAUGUCCCCGUUUACAAACAGCCUGCUACAGUGGAUGCCCUCUGAGCCCAGCGAUGCCGGCUUCUGUGGGAUCCUGUCCGAGCCCAGCACUCGGGGCUUGAAGGCUGCAACCUGCAUCAACCCACUGAACGGCAGUGUCUGUGAAAGGCCUGCGAACCACAGUGCCAAGCAGUGCCGGACUCCAUGUGCCUUGAGGACUGCGUGCGGAGAGUGCACCAGCGGCAGCUCCGAGUGCAUGUGGUGCAGCAACAUGAAGCAGUGCGUGGACUCCAAUGCCUACGUGGCUUCCUUCCCCUUUGGCCAGUGUAUGGAAUGGUAUACCAUGAGCAGUUGCCCCCCUGAAAAUUGUUCCGGCUACUGCACCUGCAGUCACUGCUUAGAGCAGCCGGGCUGUGGCUGGUGUACCGAUCCCAGCAACACUGGCAAAGGGAAAUGCAUAGAGGGCUCCUAUAAAGGGCCGGUGAGGAUGCCUGCCCAGGCUCCCACAGGACACUCCUACCCGCAGCCCCUUCUCAAUUCCAGCAUGUGUCUGGAGGACGGCAGGUACAACUGGUCUUUCAUUGAGUGUCCAGCUUGCCAAUGCAAUGGCCACAGCAAAUGCAUUAAUCAGAGUAUCUGUGAGAAGUGUGAGAACCUGACCACAGGCAAGCACUGCGAGACCUGCAUCUCCGGCUUCUAUGGUGACCCCACCAACGGAGGGAAAUGUCAGCCAUGCAAGUGCAACGGGCAUGCAUCCCUGUGCAACACCAACACGGGCAAGUGCUUCUGCACCACCAAGGGCGUCAAGGGAGACGAGUGCCAGCUAUGUGAGGUAGAAAGAAUACCAGGGAAACCUCUCAAAGGAACAUGUUAUUACACUCUGCUUAUUGACUAUCAGUUCACCUUUAGCCUCUCCCAGGAAGAUGACCGCUACUACACAGCCAUCAAUUUUGUGGCUACACCUGAUGAACAAAACAGGGAUUUGGACAUGUUCAUCAAUGCCUCCAAAAACUUCAACCUCAACAUCACCUGGGCCGCCAGCUUCUCAGCUGGAACCCAGGCUGGAGAAGAAAUGCCUGUUGUUUCAAAAACCAACAUUAAGGAGUACGAAGACAGCUUCUCUAAUGAAAAAUUUGAUUUUCGCAACCAUCCAAAUAUCACUUUCUUUGUUUAUGUCAGUAAUUUCACCUGGCCCAUCAAAAUUCAGAUUGCCUUCAGCCAGCACAGCAAUUUUAUGGACCUGGUGCAGUUCUUCGUGACUUUCUUCAGUUGUUUCCUCUCUUUGCUCCUGGUGGCUGCUGUGGUUUGGAAGAUCAAGCAAAGUUGUUGGGCCUCCAGGCGUAGAGAGCAACUUCUUCGAGAGAUGCAGCAGAUGGCCAGUCGUCCCUUUGCCUCUGUAAAUGUUGCCUUGGAAACAGAUGAAGAGCCUCCUGAUCUCAUCGGGGGGACUAUAAAGACUGUACCCAAGCCCAUUGCCCUGGAGCCUUGUUUUGGCAACAAAGCUGCUGUCCUCUCUGUGUUUGUGAGGCUCCCUCGAGGCCUUGGUGGAAUCCCUCCUCCUGGACAGUCGGGUGAGUCUCGCGGUGGCCAGCGCCCUGGUGGACAUUUCCCAGCAGAUACCAAUAGUGUACAAAGAGAAGUCAGGAGCCGUGAGAAACCGAAAGCAGCAGCCCCCUGCACAGCCUGGCACCUGCAUUUGAUGCUGGGGCCAGGGACUCUGCGAGAGCCGAGCUAGUGUUGACGACCAGAGCCCUCUGCAGGAGAGGGAGCAGGCAGGGCAAGGCGGUACGGGCGGAAGACUGGAAACCCUCACGACAUCCGACUCAUCUGCAUGUUCACAGGCUUUCUUUGACCGUUCCUCCCAUCUGUGCUCCAGCAUCUAACCUUUGACUUUUGCAUAGGAAAAUGGUUUAAUGACAGGUCGGGGUGCCCCGGUGGUUCUGGGGGAGGCCAGGGUGGAGCCAGUGAGAAGCUGGGAUGACACUCAGGUUCACUUGUGCAGCUGUUCUUGGGACUGUCUCCACUGCAGAAACACAAGCUGUAGCGUUUACAAGCAGAUUCUCAUCAUCAGUCGUUCUUGAACACGGUCUUUUAAAAACUAAUCAGAUGAGUUAACUCUUCAUCUGAAGCCUGCUAUCUUUUUCAAAAGACGUGCUAUUUAUUCUUGCACGACUUAGGCAGAGCUUUUUUCCAGGGAGUAGCAUUUUUCUAGUUGAAAACUAAUAAUGGCCCAUCUCUUUUGGAUCCCAUCAAACUAAGAUAGAUUGGGGCUGUUUUAAACAUCAAGGUCAGCAGUGUUACUCAGAAUGUAAACUGAGGUAAUAGGUAGUUUUCUAUAGCAACUUGAUUAAUCUAGUCUUAAUCCAUUUGAAUUCUCUUCCCCUCCCUCUCUCUCUCUUUCACACACACACACUAAGUGCCUAGACUUUAAAUAGAUCUAGCAAUUGGAGAGUUAGUAAGUCUAAGUUUUUACAUAUUGCAUUCCUACAUUCUUACAAAAUUUAAAUAGCAAUCAUUGGCAAUCUGCUCUUUUUCUAAAAUCUCAUUUGCAGUCAGGAAAGAAUUUUCUCACCCCAAGGAACAUUUAACCUAGCAGCAGGAACUGAGAGGCAAGUAGAAAUGAUCUAACGGAAAGCUCCUGUUUUUUUGUCAGGAAUGACACUAAGUCAGGCGUGGUCCCAUGCGCCUCCCCGCCCGAUGUUGGCACCAGCCCUCUGGCCACUCCUGCCAGGGCACCGCAGGGGAAUGGUCUUGCUCACGUCACACAGAGAGCACACAGCUCAUGGGACCCCUGGAUCAAAGAGCUGCUCUUGUUUCUGUAGCCUGCUCUGAGCAUGAGGGUCAUUCUCAGGACCCAGGGGGAGUCGUACCAGGAAAGGGACAGUCCCCCACUGCAGGCCAGAACCUGCCAAGUCCAGAGAACGGCCUGGAGCUGUUUGCCCUCUUCCCGCAGGAGGGGCCCGGCCCUCACGGCCUCCUUCCCAGACCGAGGUGGUGGUUGUGGGGAUAAGGAUGAAAAGCACAUGGAACAGGUGGAUGAGGAGGGAGAACUAUGCCAAAAGGAAAGUGACCAAGUUCAUUCGGGCAAGGCAGUCCCUGCCUUUCUCGCCCAGGGCGCUGCCUGGAAGUUGUCUGUCUGUCUAUGGUGCUCUGUAUUCUGGUAUUAUGCAGCAGCCUCCCGACAUCUCUGUCCUGCUUCAAAGCCUGAGGUUCUCUGGCAUCUCCUUAUUGGCAUGGACCUCUGAACAAAAUGCUCAAGUUUGUGAAAUUGGAGAAAUUAAUACUCACAGGAGCAAAAACUGCGGCAUUUCACCUUCGAAUGCAGUGCCUAGAGAGGGAGUGUCAUCUCAUCCCAACACUACACCCACUCCCAUGAAGAAGUGCAUGAAGGGAUGUUUUCAAGGAUGUCAAACCUUAAAACACUGAUGCACAGAACACCUCUACUUUGAGUCUCGCCUCUCAAAAAGCUGCUUUUUCACAACCAUCAUUGUUAAAGAGCAGACUGUUCUAGAAAAGAGCUCCCCACAUCCCUGCUGCAGAUCCCGGCACCUACAAAGAGCCUGAAACGGACUGGCCCUGUGCCACUGAAAAUGGUCCCCCCACUAGGGAACUCCUUGUUUGUUCAAAGAACCAGUGUUUCCUUUUCCAAAGAAGUCUCUGCCCCAUGAUAAUCCCAUGCCUUGAAAAAACAUGCAGCACGUCCCACAGCCACCGUCUUAUUUCUGUAUUUCCCCCCUCUAAAAAAUAAUGUCUUUUUCUUAAAAGGGAGAAAAAAGGGAGCAAGUGAAGUUUAAUUCUGCUCCAACAGUAGAGAAACAGCUGAAUCCACCUGCAGCCAAUAGCAAGCAGCUUCCUCAGGCUCCCGCCAGAGAAAGGGAGUGGCAGGAGCAAGAGGCACUCGGCUUAGGGCCAGUUACCAAGAGGCACCUGGAACCUCAGACAUGCCUGCGUGUCACAGGAGAGCCUGUACAUAAAAUAGUCAUGAAAACAUUGAUAUUGCACUUGUACAUAACUAUACAAUAGUGUCCAGAAUGUUCAAACAUUCGGCGUGUACAUAAAACAGAAAAAAUCUUAAUGUAUUUUUAUUAAAUGUAACGGUGUCUGAGUUUCACCUGUUAUGUUUCUGUGCUAUAUACUAGAUGACCGAGUUCAGAGAAGGCCUCUCCAUAGGCCCUGAUACGUUGGUGAGAGAGAAAGGAAAGGCAUCCUCCAUUGUGCCAAUGUGUUCAAAGGCCUCUGGUUCCAGUUGAAUAACUCCUAAAAUGGGAAUUAUCUAUCAGUACACACAUGAAAGAUUGGAAGGGGGUCCGUUUUAGUAGCAGUAAGUGAGGUGACUCGAAGGCAGGGAGAAUCCCUGUGGCUGUUGGCUCUGCAUCCGUCAGCCUCUUGGUAUUGAGGCCCGGAGUGACCAAUCUCUUUCUCAGAAAUGUUUCUUGGUUUUUAAGUUCAAAGACUGUGCUUGUAGAAAUCAGAUUUUAAAAUAAUAAUAAUUAUUAUUAUAAUAAGGGCUUUCCAGGCUGAUUUUGUUACGGUUUUGUCUAACUUUUUAAUGAGCAUGUCCCAGGACCAUUGUUUAUUCUGAAAACUGGGGAAGGAAGUGGGGUGACUGGUUGGUUGAUAAAUAGCUCCAGACCUCUACCCCCUGCCUACACAUGGGUAGGGGAGACAUCUGUGCUUUCCUGUGGUGAUCCCCUUAAUGUGUGCUCCUCUGUGCUAAUCCAAAGGAAAAGCAACCCUGGACAGAAGACUGUCAGCAAAAGAAGAUAACAAAAUAUCUGUGGGUGAGGCCCGAGGUAUGAAAUUGGAGACUACCAAGACAUCUGGGCCAAAUGGAAAAAAACCAGAACACUAUCAUUAGGGGAGAAAAAGGCAUUUUUCGGUGCAAAUCUUGCUCCUUCAAGUUAAUGGAGUAUAUUGGGGAGGGGUGAGGAUGAUUCAUUUCCUUGGGCUGUGGUGUGCAUCCCCUGAACACCUUUGCUCUUUCCAUUACAGUCAUUCACCCUUCCAUUCAACAAAUAUUUACUAAGCACUUACUAACCUAAGCUAACGCUAGGGCAGUGACGGAGAGGAAAAAGCAGCUCUUUAGAAUUACAACAAAAUCCAGCCCCUGAAACUGUCAUCCCAGAUCUUUCCUUUUGGCGGUUUCCUGGAGGAACCGGCCAUCCUCAGCACACACCCAGGAAAGCAGAGGGCCUAUCCUCAGGCCACACACACCGGCUCUUCAUUGAAAUGUUUACCCAAUUUACCAAACUCGACACUAACCACAAAAAUCACCGUGAAUGGUUUAUAGAUCUCCAGGCCCCCCAAGAGACAUUUCUGCUGAGUUCAAAGUAAUAAACACCCUUGCCUGCAGGGAGAUGACUUGGAGUGGAGAGGAAAACUGGCGCCUUCUCUUUCAAAGGCAAUAAUGGAAUUGACUUUCAGUAACUGAAUUUGUGCACAAAACAUUCUAAACACUAGUGAAGCCUGUUUUGUUGAACUAAUUCUGACUCUGGAAAUGUUUUUGUUUUAUAGUUAUUUACGGUUUGUUUGUUUGUUUGUUUUGUUUUGUUUUGUUUGGAUCCAAGCUUAGUUUGUUAAUAUGUAUAAUUUAGCAUCUAUUGCACUCAUGUAAAUAUGGAGUAAGUAUUGUAAACUAUUUCAUUGCUGGGGAUUGUGGGUGUUAUACAUACAUUUAGGACUGCAACUUUUUGGUAUUUUUUGUAUUGUAAAAUAACAGCUAAUUUAAGCAAGAACAAGAGAAUCAAGGGAGGUCUGUGCAUUUUAAACACAAAUGUGAAGAACUUGUAUAUAAACAAAAGUAAAUACUAUAAUACAAACUUCCUUCUGAAAUAAAAGUAGAUCUGGUAAAAAUGUGCUUUUUCUUCUGUUUAAUUCUGGUUUGGUUUCACUUAU